GGCGCUCACAGCGCUCGCGCAGCAAGGGAACCGCUGUGAAACGCGCUAAGCAGCACGAUUCCCUCUAUUCCGUUGGUGGCUCGCGAAAUCCGCAUCGCAGACGGCGCGAGAAAGUAGCUGUUGAGCGGCAUAAUAUACACAGCACCUCCUCCCGCAGCGCUUGCCGCGCGCGGCACCCCUGACAAACCCCAUGUCCUCCUCUGCCCGACGGCGUUUAGUGCGGGACUUCAAGCGGCUCCAGGCGGACCCGCCGGCGGGCGUCACCGCGGCGCCGGACGACGCAAAUAUACUUGUGUGGCAAGCGGUCAUCUUCGGGCCCGACGACACGCCCUGGGAGGGCGGCACGUUUAGGUUGGAAAUGAACUUCAGCGAGGACUACCCGAACAAGGCGCCCGCCGUCCGCUUCGCGACGCGCGUCUUCCACCCCAACGUCUACAACGACGGCCAGAUCUGCCUGGACAUCCUCCAGAACCAGUGGUCCCCCAUCUACGACAUCUCCGCGAUCCUCACGUCGAUCCAGUCGCUAUUGUCGGACCCGAACCCGGCGUCGCCCGCGAACAGCGAGGCGUCGCGGCUCUACUCGGAGCACCGCCGCGAGUACGACCGGCGCGUGCGCGAGGUCGUCGAGCAGUCCUGGCAGGACGAGCCGGGCGAGACCCCGGACGACGGCGGGGACGAGGACGAUUCGGACGCCAUGAACGACGACGACUAACCC